AGCUUUCUUUCCUUGUAAUCCACUUCAAAAUCCCCGUUAUCAGCAUGAAUGCCCGGCCUCACAAACAAUCUAUGUCUGAGCUGAAGCUUCGACGGUUAACCGAGCAUAACCAGCGGCUGAGGGAGGACCUUGCGAGGCCUAGGGUUCGAGUGAGUGAGGCAAGUGCGAGUUUGAUACGUUACUGCAAGACGACGAAAGAUCACCUCGUGCCUUCAGUAUGGGGACCAGUCGGAAAGGGAGAAGAUCCGUACGCACCGCCAGCACAGGGCUGCAGUUGCGUCGUUAUGUGAUUGCUCUCUGUCGUUCCUGUUUCUUUUCUACUCGGAUUUUUCAUCACUCAUGGAGGAGUCAUCCGUUACUUUGGAAUGUGUGCCAAGGCAGACACGAUAUUCGGAUUGCUCUUCAACAAGCCAACCCUCACAUUCGUUUACCCCCUCCCCUGUCCCUCGCCAACAGGAUACCCGCCACCCGAUCCUGUUCGGUUGGCACCCAACCAUCACCAAUAUCCAGUUUUCAUCCAGUUCUCACCUCUACAUUAUUUUUCUUUGCUGCUGCUUUCUUAUCAUCAUCAUCAUUUGGUAUAUCAUCAGGUCGUUGCUUUACUAUAAAUUUAUUGGUCAUCGGCUCGAUUCGCUUGUCCCGUGCAGUGCUGCCCGAAUCCUAUGUUAGAAAUAAGUAGUGUGUCUAUAGCGUGGAACGCAAAUCCUAAAUACGGGCGGACAAGCUAAACUUUGAAAAAAGAAAAAGAAAAAAAAAA